UUACAUUUUUACAUUAUAGUUAUACAUAAAUACAUCAAUGGCUGUACAUUUGCAUGAAUUACACUAUUUACAUUUAUACAAAGUUUCAAAUCAUUAUGAGUGAACUUGAUCCAUCAUUGCAAACAUUGUCUAAGGUAAACAUCAGUACAAUUAGUCAUGAAGAACUUAAAGAUUUAACUGCAGAAAUCUUAAAUGAAGUUCUAGACAAAGAUAGCGUAUUAGGAGACCUACCUAACAAUGUCACACUAGGAGAAGUUGAUUUACAAAUUGCUGUCGAACAUGGUCGAGCAAUAACUCUUUACUUAGAACGUUUUGAUGGUAUUGUUUUGCCUAUUGUUGUACAAAAAACAGGAGCAAAAGUGAUAGAUUUAAAAAAAAGCAUUGAAAGAAAAAUGACAUUACAUUUAAAAAGAGCAGGUGAAAGAACUACUGUGAGUUGGAAGAGAAUUUGGAAAACAUACUGGUUAAGUUGUAAUGGAAAUAAGAUGAAACAUAAUAAUGAUUUAAUCUCGGAGUAUGUGGAAAAUAAUUCAAAAAUAAUAUUUGUUAAACGAUUUAGAGAAAAAAACAUU